GCGAGGACACGAACAAUCACAACGCGGCAUUAAUCUUGACUUAUUUCCACCCGUGGACUCUUAACGACGACCUCGCCGACGAGCACUUGCCGUACCUCGGGAACUUAUGCGAGGGUGGCCAGUGGCACGCUGCCAUGCUCCGCUGGUUCGACGGUCGCGUACUGCGGGCCGAGACGAAGAGAUACCUCGAUAAUUUCAUGGCCAUCACGCGGACAAGGCCCGACGAAGAUGCAAACGACGAAGCCAGCGAGAAGCAGUUGAGUGACAACGAGCCAAUUGUGAACGCGUCCAAUUUCAAGGAAGUCAUUAAGACGCGCAUGGGCGCCGGCAGGCGCGCAGCGGACAAAUGGAACAGGGGUGCCGCUGAGUCGGGCGAUGAUGAAGAAGCGGACGACGCAGCUACGAAUACCACGAAGGAAGCAUUCAAGCUUGCGCACGGCAUGUGGAACGUCCCCGCAAGAAAACUGACCGACGACAGGGCGCCGUCGUAUGCCGUCGACCCAGAGGACCUCCAGAAGGCCUUGGCCGACGCCGCCGCUUCGCAGAAACAGGAGCAGGGAUCCAGAAUCGGGCAGAAAGAUGCCGCUGAACCUGCCGUGAGACCAGUGAAGAAGUACAGCGCGAAGGAUGUGCGUAAUUGGUUGGAGAUACAGAGGAGCAAAACAAACGAGAACGAGCCACGCAUGCGAAAGGCGCAGCUCGAGAUGCUGCGCAUCAUCUGCAACCGCCUGUGCGAUGAAGUAGAAGACAAUGCCGCUGGGAGUUGGGUGAAUGGACAGCGCAGUUGUGGCAACACGGCGUGCCAACAAAUGUGGGAAGACAACAAGAUGGAGUGCGACGUCUGCCAGAGCGAACGGGAGAGUAAAAGACGAGUUCUGGCUGGUCCAGACGACGCGCGCCACUUAGACGCUCAUUUCAUCGACGCUCCCGCGAUCUUCCCGAACAACGAUAUCGAAUGCGACGUGAACCAGUCUGGCGCGCAGCUCUUCGCCGUCGAGAAGGGCCUCGCCAUUGCGUGGUCCGUCGCCAGGGACAGGCCGUCCAACAAAGUCCUCGCGGACAAGAUCGACAUCGUAGAAGAAAAGAAGGUGUGGCUUACUCGGCGCGACCGCGAUUGCGCUGACCUAUACGGACUUCUCCCAUUGGUGGACGGGUUGCCCGUUAUGCUUACGGAACACUACGAUCGCAACCCCAACAAGCAGCUGCUGAAAGGCAGGGUCGGGUACAUCACGGGCUGGGUCACCGACGAUCGUGAGGACUCGGAGUGCGAUGGCGGCGACCGCUACCUCAAGUACCCGCCAAAGGUCGUGUUCGUGCAGUUCUUCGAUUGGAAAAGGAAGAAGCGGCAAUUGGCAGGCAUGAGCGAGAAAGGCGUCUACCCCAUAAAGUGCUUAACUCGCGCCUGGUUCCUGGACCAGAAACGCAUGUCCCCCGUGCUCCGCGUGAGCAGAUCACAGGUGCCGCUCGCGCCGGCGUUCUCGAUUACGGCGCGCGGGAGCCAGGGGCAGACGCUGCGCGCCGCCAUCGUCGACUUGCAGAUCGGGCGCGGAGUCGGCAGCAUCGCCAGUUACGUGGCCAUGACAACGAUCAAGACGAGGCGCGACCUGCUUAUAUUUCGCCCGUUCGAUCGAGAGAUCUUCACCAAAGGGCCGCCAGAAGGACCGAGACUCCUACUCCGUAAACUUCGCGGAGAGAAGAUCGACUGGAAGGCCGUCGAAGACAAGCGCGCGCCCAUGGCGAAAUGUUGCGGUCCAUGCCUGAGCCUGCGCGAAAAGAAGGACUUCCACGCGAGAGAAUGGGGCAACAAGGGAGACCCGCGCUGCAAGGCCUGCGUUGCGCGGCUGCAGCUCCGCGCUGAUUUCGCCCCUGGCGUGUGGGACAUGGUGGAUGGUUUCAAAGGGCACGUCUGCAAGGUGUGCGCCCAGGGCAGAAAACAGAAAAUAAUGUGGACGUGCGCGAACAAGCGCUGCAAGAAGCGGCUGCCCCGCGACGAAGCCUUCGGUAUUGCCAGAUCGAGACGCGGCGACAAUGUGCGUGGACACUCCAGAGUCUGCGACGCCUGCAUCCAGAGACACGAAAGAGAAGUAGACGCCAUGACUAAGAGGAGCUUAGAUCAAGUUGCAAAGAAGCCGCGCACUGAAAAAUGCGAAGUGGUGCAGAUGCGAGCAGUCCACAAGUUCGCGCCCGAUUUCGGAGUGGUCAACCGACGCAGCAAGUUUAGAAGUGUGCAGCAGCUCCACCACGUAGUUGCGAUGCUGGUGAUGGCCUAA